AUAACAAAGGAACGUGGUCAGGCUGGCCAGAAAGGAACCCAUUAUUACAGUUACAAAAAUUCCCAUCAACUUUGUGAUAUCAAAUUCCAACUUUUUAAUAAUAAUUGUAAGUAACAAUAUCGCGCAGAUUUCGUAAAGGUUGUACUUACCCGCAUAGACGGAUUUUCAUAUUUUUUACUGGGGUGGUGCCAGAAAUUUUAGGGGGGUGAGCCGCGAGCAGGUGACUGAAGCAACACAAAGUGUCACCAAACCCCAGUAAGGUCUAUAUUCUAGAGGUGGAGCACUAGAGCCCCGAGGGAGAGUCUAGAGAGCAGGAAACAAAGUAUCCCUGGAAAAAUUUGAAAAAAAUCAUGAUUUCUAGCUUCGAAAAAACGUUUUUUGAAGCUGUCAUAUCAAUGGAUUUGGCCUGUCUGAUUGUCUGUUGAGACUUGAGGGAGUUAACGUUAAAUGAACCUGUAAAAGUGUAAACCCAAUAGGCCAAUACACAAUAUGCUUUUACUUUUAUAAAGUCAUUGACAUUGUGUCGUUUGAAUCCGAGUACAAUUUAUGAUGCAACUCCGAUGUAAAUAAUAUUUGGGGCGUAAAGAUUAAAUCUAGGCAAGACUAUUUCCUAAAAGAAUUAAAAACUAAAAAUAAUGUUCGUAAAAUUUCAAAAUGUUCCUUGCAACCAAGCUAUUUGCAUGACAAGGCACUGCAAACUCUAUUCAGGGGAGAUAAUAGAGUUUCAAAACUUUACAAUUGCUCCAAUAAACCAGUGAAUGCAAGCGAGGAGCAAUUAGUUUCAGAGUAUUGCACUGUCUUUUUCUAUUAGAGUGUACUCCUACGUUUAUUUUGUAUUAUCAACACUCUGCACGUUAUUUUUUAUUAUGCCGAAUAUUGGGGGGGGGGGUUGAAAAUUUUUUUGGAGGGUUGGACAUUUUGUUUGGGGGGGUUUAGGGGGGUAGCACCCCCCUGCACCCCCCCUCACAAAAUCCGUCUAUGCUUACCCGUCGAUACAGUUGUCCCGUAGACACUCGCACAAGGGCCCAAAUUCUAUUCCUCAUCGAGGCCAAAAAAGCUGCCCGUCCGCCCCUGUCAUAGACGUUAUUUAUAUGCUUGUAAGUUGUGCUGUUUUCUUAUUAUUAAACAAAUAUUAUCUGUUUAGAUUAUAAAUAUGGUCUUCGAAUUCUUAAUAAAAUCACUGGUGACGUAAGUGGCCCUUUACGUUUGCUUGAUGUAUUAUAUAAGUAAUGUAAGGUCAUUGUCUAUAGUAACUGACCAAGGCUCAAAGUAGAGAAAAAAUAUGGCCUGCCAGUCUAAAAUUUUUUGGCAGGUGAAAUAAAUUUUAGCCUGCCAUUUUUAUUCAUUGAACUGCCAAAAUGGCAAUGUCUGAUAGGAGUCGCGUUGUAAAAAUCUAUGUUUUCGUGAUAUGCAUUUUUAUUGUUUUUUAACUUGUCUAUUUUCAGGGUGUUAGCUAGCCCAUAUACUGUCCGUUUGACGGACUCUUCCCAAUUGAAGUAGCUAAGGGGGCUUUCCGAACUGGGUCUACUGGAAGAUUUUUAUUUUUUUCUGAUGAGAAAGUGCAUUGCGUUUGAUUUUAUAUUAUUAUAUCAAAGAACGUUUAAUUUACUUUUUCCCAUUAACUAUUUUCUCAAAAUGUAUCGCGUUUCAUUCAUAUUGGGUGUGUAUUCCCUGAAAUGAAAUGUACAAAACAAAGUGUAAUCGGUGUGCAAUGCAUCCGUGUUCAUUCACCGGAAAUGAAAUAUACAAAACGAAGUGCCAGCGGGUGCAUUUUUCAGUGUUCAUUCACCGGAAAUGAAAUGUACAAAACCAAGCUACCGUUGUUUGCAUCUAAGGAGAAACACGUUGGGAAAAAAACACUAUUUAUUCCUACACAAGGACUUUGAUCGGUCAAAAAAACUUUUCCAGUUUACGUUUAACGGACAAAACUUUUUUUUCUGGCUAACACCCUGAAUUUUUCCUGCAGUAAACUUGGAUUUACAUUUCAAAUAUAAACAUAUUUAGUCAACUAAAUGAUCUAGUAUAUAUAAAAUUUGUUUUUGCCUGCCAUUUCUAAAACAUGGCCUUCUUUUGGCCAUUGGCAGCCCGCUAUUUCGAGCCCUGUAACUGACUACAGCGACUUAGUCCUAACAUGCAUGUCACAUUUUCUCAGGUUCUUAUAAUAUUUCACGCGAAGAAAGAAGAUAUCAGGAAAACCUUUUACACAGAACUUCGAGACUGCAUUGAAGAG